AAACUAGCGGUACGGCGGCGGUUUGCUGUGUGACGAACGUUCUUGUCUCCGCCGUUUGAUUAUUGAGCCCACCAUAGAGGGGGAGGAGGUAAUGGCGCCCCCGGCGGACCCUUCUCCGCCCUCCGACAAAGUGAAGUCUAAAAAAAGAAAUGUCCCUACACGGAAAUCCUCCGUCACCAGCCUGGCUAGCCAGGCCUCCCCGGACAGAGGCAGCGGCAGAAGACAUUCCUUAAGAAGAGGAAGCUCUUUUACAUUCCUGACUCCAGGGACACAAUGGGAUUUUGCCCUGAAAAGGAAGCGCAGAGAAAAGGAUGAUGACUCUUUCAGCCUGUGCAGCUUUGAUCUUAAGGAGCCGAGCAAUAAGAGAGUACGGCCUCUAGCACGGGUAACAUCUUUAGCCAAUUUAAUAUCUCCUGCGAGAAAUGGCGCAGUUCGGCGCUUUGGCCAAACUAUCCAAUCGUUCACCAUGCGAGCUGACAACAAGUCUCCGAACAGUACAAGCAAGGCCUGUAGCAAGAUGGCUGCCCCUACCCCUCCAAAAAGAAGAAAUAGCGUCCUGUGGUCUGAGAUGUUAGAUGUCAAUAUGAAAGAAACGCUGAGCACCAAAGAAAUUAAACGGCAAGAGGCUAUUUAUGAAAUGACCAGAGGAGAGCAAGACCUGAUUGAAGACCUCAAGUUGGCAAGAAAGGCCUACCAUGAUCCAAUGCUGAAACUUUCCAUAAUGUCUGAGGAGGAACUUGCACAGAUUUUUGGAGACCUAGAUGCUUACAUACCUCUACAUGAAGAAUUUCUUGCAAAACUUAGGGAAGCAACUAGAGCAGAUGGGACCGUUGGACAAAUCGGCCACAUUCUUGUUAACUGGUUACCGCGUUUAAAUGCAUACAAGAGGUAUUGCAGUAACCAGCUGGCUGCCAAAGCUCUGCUAGACCAAAAGAAGUUGGACAGACGAGUCCAGGACUUUCUGCAGCGGUGUCUGGAAUCUCCAUUCAGUCGCAAGCUAGACCUCUGGAGCUUUCUUGAUAUUCCCAGAAGCCGCUUGGUGAAGUAUCCCCUGCUACUGAGAGAGAUUCUUCGACACACUCCUAACGAGCAUCCUGACGGCAAGAGUUUGGAAGAAGCUCUGUGCUUAAUCCAAGGGGUGCUUACAGACAUUAACUUGAAAAAGGGAGAGUCUGAAUGCCAGUAUUACAUUGACAAGCUGGAAUAUCUCGAUGACAAACAAAGAGACCCCAAGAUAGAAUCAAGCAAAUCACUUCUGUGUCAUGGGGAGCUGAAGAAUAAAAAUGGCCAUAAGCUGUAUCUCUUCAUGUUUCAAGAUGUUCUGGUUCUAACCCGUCCAAUUACACGUAACGAGCGUCAGUACUAUCAGGUGUAUAGACAACCAAUCCCUGUUCAAGAGCUGGUGCUGGAGGAUCUUCAAGAUGGUGAUGUGAGGAUGGGUGGUUCCUUUAGAGGAGCAUUCAGCAAUUCAGACAAAGCUAAAAACAUCUUCCGAGUUCGGUUUCAAGAAGCCUGCUUAGGUCAGAGUCACACACUCCAAGCCAAUGACAUCUUUCACAAGCAGCAGUGGUUGAACUGUAUCAGAACAGCCAUUGCCCCAUAUCAGAACGCUUCACCAACUGAACUAAAAGAACUCCCUGACCUCAGUGAGGAAUGUGAAGAAAAUCAUCCCCCAGCUCUGAACACAAACACCCAGCGAAGGUCAUCUACCAUAUCAGGCUUAGUAGAAAUGGACCUUGAAGAAAUUGCAGACAGCUCUGUUGUGGGCUCACCAGAGGAUCCAAAGCCUGGGAAACUCCAAAGAGCUUUGACAGGAAGUCGGAAGACACGAGACAAAACACAACAGAGCAUUAAAAGAAAAGAAACUUUGGUAUAGGUGGAAAUGUGCUCUUUGGCUGGACUUGUUAUUUAUACAUAUGUAU